GCGAAAAUCGUGAAAAAAUGGAUGUCCUUCUUCCCGAUGGAAGUCGACUGGCAGGACUCUCCCGAUCCCGCAGAGGCAUGCGGCACCCUGAUCGGUCCAUAAAUAGUCGAGAUAUAGCCAAAGAAAAUAUAAAGAAUAUGGACAUUUUGGUCGCCCACAAAGGGCUACCACGAAGGGUGCAUUGGCGUAUUCAAGCCAAUCCUACUAAGCAGGUCAGGGCAAUCGAGCAGCAGGACCAUCCUUCCAUCCUAGAGGGAGGAGAGAUGCACGAGGCGAAAUCUGCGAGCUUUCUGCAUGCCAGGAUGGGCUACAGCUUCAAAACGCAGAACUUAUGUACCCGAGGCGUUAUCUCAAGCCGAGUCGUAUCCGAUUUCCCCCCGCCAUACGGAGUCCUAUCCAAGCAUUAGCGAGGCGUAUUCGAGACGGACCGAAUCCUAUCCCACCCCUUGCAAGAUCCGGACCUAAUAAGCCAUC